GCGAGAGCAAGAAGCAUUGGCGGCGCCUAGCGACCCUAGGCGCUUCGCUUUGGGCGUUCGUUUCCCGGUGUUUGCUUUAGGUUGCGGGGUUCUGCCUACUUUUUCCGGAAGAGGAAAGCAGACUCAGAGCUGUGCAGUUCUGCGCCUGGGUCCCGGGGAACGGCAAUGCAGUCUAGCCUCGGCAGCUGGUAGCCGGCUCAACGAGGCUUGCCUGCCGCCUCUGCCUUUCGCGGGCUUAGCUACAGAAUGAAGACCUCGGAGGAGCGACUCCCAGCUCCGGAUAGCCUCCCGUCUGACCUGGACCCAGCUCCAGUACCCCAAGGUUCCCCCGCGGACAAAAAUACAGACUCUGAACCAGUGCCUCCGCCGUGCAGUGGCGAUGACCAACCCCAGGUAGCCACAGAUCCCGCGGCUGGCUCGGUUGUGUCCCAGGAGCUUCAACAAGGGGGCCCAGAUCCUCUGGAAGUAGAAUUUAAUACUUCCAGGGGGUUGAGUCCUCGAAUCGAGGAGCAAGAAGUUUCUGAAAAUGCGAGCCUUCCCGUAGAAGAAGAAACGAAUCGACCAGAGUUGGAGUCAGGAGAAGCCACGGAAGUUGUGUCUGAGGAGCGCGCUGAAGUGGAUGAAGGGGAGAUCUUUUGGAGCUACAACUUCUCGCAAGUACCCCGGUACCUCAGUGGCUCCUGGUCCGAGUUCAGCGCCCGUCCCGAGAACUUCUUGAAAGGUUGUAAAUGGGCCCCUGACGGUUCCUGUAUCUUGACCAAUAGUGCUGAUAAUGUCCUACGGAUUUACAACCUGCCUCCAGAAUUGUACAGUGAACAAGAGCAGGUGGAUUAUGCUGAAAUGGUUCCUGUCCUUCGAAUGGUGGAGGGUGACACCAUCUAUGAUUACUGCUGGUAUUCUCUGAUGUCCUCCUCACAGCCAGACACCGCCUAUGUGGCCAGCAGCAGCCGGGAGAACCCGAUUCACAUCUGGGAUGCGUUCACUGGAGAACUCCGGGCUUCCUUCCGCGCUUACAACCACCUGGACGAGUUGACAGCGGCCCACUCGCUCUGCUUCUCCCCGGAUGGUUCCCAACUCUUCUGUGGCUUCAAUCGGACUGUGCGUGUCUUUUCCACAGCCAGGCCUGGCAGAGACUGUGAGGUGCGAGCCACAUUUGCCAAAAAGCAGGGCCAGAGUGGCAUCAUCUCCUGUAUAGCCUUUAGCCCAUCCCAGCCCCUUUAUGCCUGCGGCUCCUAUGGCCGCACCCUGGGCCUGUAUGCCUGGGAUGAUGGUUCGCCUCUUGCCUUGCUGGGAGGCCACCAAGGGGGCAUCACUCACCUUUGCUUUCACCCUGAUGGUAACCUCUUCUUCUCCGGAGCCCGGAAGGAUGCUGAACUUCUGUGCUGGGAUCUCCGGCAGCCAGGCCACCUCCUGUGGUCUCUGAGACGGGAAGUGGCCACCAAUCAGCGCAUCUACUUUGAUCUGGACCCGAGUGGACAGUUCCUAGUGAGCGGCAACACCAGUGGAAUUGUCUCUGUGUGGGAUAUCAGUGGAGCUGUUGGUGACAGCAAACAGCUGGGACCCGUAAUGACUUUUCUGCCCCAGAAGGACUGCACCAAUGGAGUCAGCCUUCAUCCUACCUUACCUCUGCUGGCCACUGCUUCUGGCCAGCGCAUGUUCCCAGAGCCCACCAAUAGUGGGGAUGAAGGUGAGACGGAGCCCGAUCUUCCUCUGCUCUCCCUGUGCCACGCCCACCCUGAAUGUCAGCUUCAGCUCUGGUGGUGUGGAGGGGGACCUGACCCCCGUAGCCCUGACGACGAGGAUGAGAAGGGACACGGAAGGACAGAGGCUGUGGGGAUGAGUUAAUAUAAAGACUUUGUAUCACA